CGUAUCACGUGCCCACAUUGCUCGACGCCAUUUUCUCUGCUUGAUGUUUAGUGUCAACUUGCAGGUGCUCGUUACUGAAAAAAAGUAGAAACUUUUUUAAGUGAAAUUUUUCAGUGUUGAUCAAAUUAGCUAUGGCUGAUCAAAAGCCUAGAUUGUGUCACUUGGUAAAAUGGCCGGAUUUUCAGGGCUAUGGAUUUAAUUUACACGCUGAGAGGGGCAAAGCGGGGCAAUUCAUCGGAAAAGUUGACGAAGGGUCACCGGCAGAAGCUGCGGGUCUAAAGGAGGGAGACCGAAUCGUAGAAAUUAAUGGAACAAAUAUAGGAAAUGAAAAUCACCAACAGGUUGUGGGGCGGAUCAAGUCGCUUGGUGAUGAGGUGAAACUUCUAGUGGUGGAUCCCGAAACGGACAAGUAUUACAAAGAUAUUAAACAAAUAGUGAGAAGUGAUCUUCCAGAAGUUGUAGAAUUGAGUGCAGUAAGAGAUCAAGUACCGGAGAAUUCAGCAGAAACAGAAGCAAACCCCGAACCCCAGGAGGACCGGGACUCCUCCCCAGAGAGAGAGCCAUCUCCUGAACCGGAGAGGGAGCCCUCGCCAGAACCUGAACGGGAACCAACACCAGAACCACCUAGAGAACCUUCCCCAGAACCAGAGAGGGAGCCAUCGCCUGAACCAGAAACCAACAAGGAGAACGAGGAACCAGAACCAACAGUGAUUUCAGUCAACAGUGUGACCAACACAGAGCCCGACAGUAAAUAUGUUGCAAGACAUUGUCAUAUCGUCAAGUGGCCAGACUUCCAGGGAUACGGAUUCAAUCUCCAUGCAGAACGGGACAGGCCAGGUCAGUUUAUCGGAACCAUAGAUGACGGAUCCCCUGCUCAGGCGGCCGGUCUGCAGGAAGGAGACAGGAUUAUUGAGGUCAACGGUGCAAAUAUCGAGUCCGAAUCCCACAAGCAAGUGAUAGAGCGGGUGAAGGCUGGUGGAAAUGAAACCACGCUGUUGGUGGUGGAUUCAGAAGCUGAUGAUUACUUUAAGAAGAAUGAUAUUUCCAUAUCUAGUUCAUCACCCAAUGUCAGCAGACUUUCAAAUCCUCCCCGAGAAGGCUCAUCACCAGCUCCAGCCCCUACACCUGCCCCAACCAAUGGAACUGUGGAACCCCCUGCUCCCCAGCCCAUGAAGCCAGUCCAACCUGCAGCCCAACCCGCAGCCCAACCCAAACCCGUCACCAAUGGCAACGCGACCAAUUCCAACGACCCAAUGAUGGGCAUGUCUGCAAAAGAAAUGAGGGAGUUUCUAGCCAGCAAGCGGAAACAGGACCCCAAAAAGAAAAGAGAUUUGGAUUUUGCCACAAAAGUCAGCAUGCUCCAGAAAAUGUGAAGUCCUUCCAUACACAGUUAGACCAUUGCGCAAUUGGAUUUUCUGUGUACAGAGAUGUAAUUGUAUAUUAUGCAUAAAGCAUUUCAGUGUAUUUACUGUGGAUGUAUCCAUGGAUUUCCAUGUGACACACUCCGUGAUUGUGAUAUGAAGAAAUAUAUGGGAUUUUUUUUUUUUCGAUGAUUCUGAAGAACCGAUGAUCACCAGAAUAGAUAUUUGGAUGAGAUAAAAAUGCUGUUUUUAAGGAUAUAUUUUUUUUCAAUUCAUCAAAAAAAUUGUUAUAUCUGUAUGGUUCUGCUUCUUGGUUAAUUUUUACCUUUUUUUCAGUCAAUGAGCUUUGCUUUGUUGUAUACAAGUACUGUGAACGUGGAUUAGUGCAUGCCUGUCAGUCAUUAUGCAAGAUUUUUACAACUAAUCCAUUAUUAGAGGAUUAUUUAUGCAAUAUAUAUAACUGUGGCAUGAAUUCAUGCUAGCACCAGCCGAUGUUCUAAUAGAUUGGUAAAAUCACCCUCGAGCAGUUCUUGCAGUGAUUUGUGAAAACUAUCUGAUAAUAUCUGCAAAUAACCCAGUUUCCAUGUUUACAGUGGUGAAUGUCUGUUUCAAUGUGAUAUUCUUUUCACUCAUUUUAGGCCAUAUGAAAUUGUAGUGUUGUGACAAGGAUACUUGCAAAUGCUGUUAGCUUUAUUUGUAUGCAUGCAUUUAUGUUGAUUCCAAAAAAACAUCAGCAUUUUUUCAAAGUUCAAAGGCUAAGCAAAUAGUUUGCAAAUAUAUUUUUGGUUUCUCUUGAUUUGAUAGAACUGCAGUUUAGAAAAUAGAUUUAAGAAAUCUUGCCAGAUAAAAAAAUCAAAUGUGUUAAUGCUCUAAAAAGCAACUUAUAUGUCUGCAAAUCAGAAAUCAGGUGAGUAGAAUUAGAGAUGUGUAAUUGCUGUAACUGAAAAUAUUUGUAAUACAUUGGGGUCAUAUUGGUUUUUUAUAAAGAAAUUUUGUUCAUGGGUAUUACAAUAUUAAAACCAAAGUACCAAGUGCUAAAUGAUUUUUCUGUUGAAUGCUAGGAAAAACAAGAGUUGAUGAUACUGUAGAAUAAAAACUACUGUAAACCUAUAAAGACCUAAAAUAGGGUUCGCAAUUUAAUAGCAGUAGCAACAUGGAGAAAUAGUCGAUAUUGCUUUAGGAAAUUCAUGAUAAAAACAUCACAUUGAAAAAAAAAUGACAACUCUGAAAUGUUUGUUGCUAAAUAGCUUUUGUUCCUCUGUAUCCAUUCAUAUUGGUAGAGAAAGAUUUUGAAAAAGUUCUAUUUGUACUUAUAGUUAAUUUAUUUUUUUUUUGCAUUGGGUUAUGUUAAAUGUUUUUCCUGCAGCAGUUUGAUUAAAUGAUCACCAUAUUUAAUUCAUAUAACUUUAUUUUAAUGAAAUUAUAUUUACUUUUUUGUCUCAUGUUGUUAAGCAUUUUGUUUGUUGUUGAAAUGUAAAUAACUUCUUAUUACCAUAAUUAAAGAACAUAGGGGAGAAAGAGAAAAGAAAGUGCAGAAAUUUGGUUUUGUAGAAUUCAUGUACAUUCCAAACAGAAAAAGAGAAAUCAUAUCCUUAUUAUGCAUACAAGAAAAAAAUUCUUUAUAUUGAUUGUAGCCAGGAGAUAAAUGCAAUACAUUGCCUAAGAUGGACCUUUUUCAUUGCGAGAGAAAUUAACCUGUGAUUGUCGGAGUCCUAAGCAUUCCAUGUGUAUUUUUUGUACCGUACAUUGUUACGCCAUUUUGAAAUUGAAACAUUAAUAAAUACCUGUUUGAUUCUACAGAGUAUGGAGUAUUCAGAUAAUUUUUACCUGGUAUCUUCAAAAGUCAGAAAAAUGCAAAGGUUUUGAUCUAUUCAUAGAACAAUUUGAAAAUUGAUGUGCUGAAUAUGAAAUUAUAGAUAUAUACAAUUGUGUGUUUCAUUAUAUACCUUUUAACAUAUAUAUAUUUCAUAAUAUUCCUAAUGGUAAAUUUCCUGGAUACUAUAACAAGGUGUUCAUGGAACUAUAUAUGUAUAAUUCAUUUACUCCAGGACUUAUAUUUUGGUAAAAUAAAUUGUAAACAAUCCA